AUUCUACUGGCCACUUUUUUGCUGUCUGUGCGCAUCCCUGAUUCAAUCUUGGAUCCCAUAAUCUGAGCGCGCACCUUGGUCACACCUUCAGGAGUCAGUCAUCUAACGCGACGUCCGCAGACAUAUCUCGCUCGUGUUCUCAAAUCACAUUUUACGAUCUCAAAAUGGGUUGUAUGAGCUCGAAGCCCGUAGACGCGGGUGAUAAAGAAGCCCUUCAACGAAAUGUUAGGAUAGAGAAGGCGCUGAAAAAUGAUAAAAAAGUGAUGGACAGGACGAUCAAGAUUCUUCUUCUCGGUGCGGGAGAGUCGGGCAAAUCAACAAUCAUUAAACAGAUGCGCAUCAUUCACUCGGGAGGGUUUCCAGAAGAUGAACGUAUCCAGACUCGGGCGGUAAUCUAUUCAAAUCUGAUUAUCGCCUUCAAGGUUUUAUUGGAGAUUAUGCGAACGGAGAACAUCGAUUUCCAACUCGAAACAACUCAGUCGCUUGGCGAAUUCAUUGACAAUUUGGAGCCGGAUGUGGGCUCCGACGAAGCCUUUUCGGACAUGAAAGUCCGGGAUGCUUUGAGGGAUAUGUGGGAAGAUUCAGGCGUCCAGAAGGCAGUGGCUCGAGGACAUGAAUUCGCGCUCCAUGAUAACCUGCAUUACUUCUUCGAAUCCCUCGACCGGAUCUUUACUCCGGGUUGGCUACCGGACAACCAGGACAUGCUACAAGCUCGGUUGCGAACAACUGGUAUAACGGAAACACUUUUCGAGCUUGGUCAGAUGAACUUCCGGAUGAUGGACGUUGGUGGACAACGGUCCGAGCGCAAGAAGUGGAUCCACUGUUUCGAGGGCGUGCAAUGCCUGCUGUUCAUGGUUGCUUUAUCCGGCUACGAUCAGUGCCUUGUUGAGGAUCAGAAUGCCAACCAAAUGCAUGAGGCAAUGAUGCUAUUUGAAUCGCUUGUGAACGGAGAGUGGUUCAAGCGCAAGCCCAUCAUUCUUUUCCUGAACAAGAUCGAUUUGUUCAAGGGAAAGCUUCAACUCUCACCUGUUUCCAAUCAUUUCCCCGACUACAAUGGCUCGAACACAGACUUCGAUGCAGCCGCAAGAUACUUUGCCGACCGCUUCCGAGGCAUCAACCGGAUACCGGACCGCGAGAUCUAUAUCCAUUACACCAAUGCCACCGAUACCACUUUACUAAAAGCUACCAUGGAUUCCGUACAGGACAUGAUAAUCCAGAAGAACCUGCACACCCUAAUACUCUAAGGUUUCCCCUGGACAUGACUAAUUUCUAAUGAACUUCACUCGCGGGUCCAUAUCUCGCCAAUCACUAUUCAAAUUGCCUGGCAGCAAUUUUUUUGGUGUCGUUCGCAAUUCCUCAGCGCCAAUCAC